AUUGAGGGCGAGGCUGUUUCAGUGAAAGAAGAGGAAGUCGCGUUCACAGUGAAAGAGGGGGGUGAGAAAGAGGAUGCCGUUUUUGACGUGAAGAAGGAAGGGGAGAUAACUGUCACAUUGAAAGAUGAAGAGGUGGAGAUAGGAGAUCUGAUUAACAUCAGACAGAGACUGGACUACCGUGGGUCAUCUGGGAAGCCUCAACAACCUCAUGAUGCUGACGAGGCAGAGAAGAGUUUCUACAGAUCAGAACACGUCAAGAAACACCAGCGGAGAUCCACAGGGAAGGGAACUCACUGCUGCUCUGACUGUGGGAAGAGAUUCACCUCAUCAGGCAUUAAAAUUCAUCAGAGAAUCCACACAGGAGAGAAACCUUACGGCUGUGAUCAAUGUGGGAAGAGUUUUGUUCAAUACAGCCAUCUGAAGAUACACCAGAGAACACACACAGGAGAGAAACCUUUUAGCUGUACUGAAUGUGGUAAGAGUUUUAGUCAUUCAACCAGCCUGAUACUACACCAGAGAACACACACAGGAGAUAAUCCUUAUAGCUGUGAUCAAUGUGGGAAGAGUUUUACUCAGCUAAGCAUCCUGAUAUCACACCAGAGAACACACACAGGUGAGAAAUCUUAUAGCUGUGAUGAAUGUGGGAAGAUUUUUACUACAUCUAGAAAUCUGACUCUACACCAGAGCAUACACACAAGAGAGAAAUCUUUUAGCUGUACUCAAUGUGGGAAGAGUUUUCUUCAAUAUAGCCAUCUGAAGAUACACCAGAGAACACACACAGGAGAGAAACCUUUUAGCUGUACUGAAUGUGGGAAGAGUUUUAGUCAUUCAACCAGCCUGAUAUCACACCAGAGAACACACACAGGAGAAAAACCUUAUAGCUGUGAUCAAUGUGGGAAGAGAUUUACUCAGCUAAGCAUCCUGAUAUCACACCAGAGAACACACACAGGCGAGAGACCUUAUAGCUGUUCUCAAUGUGGGAAGAGUUUUACUCAGCUAAGCAACCUGAUUUCACACCAGAGAACACACACAGGAGAGAAACCGUUUAGCUGUGAUGAAUGUGGGAAGAUUUUUACUACAUAUAGAAAUCUGACUCGACACCAGAGAAUACACACAGGAGAGAAACCUUUUAGCUGUACUCACUGUGGGAAGAGUUUUACUCAGCAAAGCAACCUGAUAUCACACCAGAGAACACACACAGGAGAGAAACCCUAUAGCUGUGAUCAAUGUGGGAAGAGUUUUACUCAGCUAAGCAACCUGAUAUCACACCAGAGAACACACACAGGAGAGAAACCCUAUAGCUGUGGUCAAUGUGGGAAGAGUUUUGCUACAUCUGGGCAGCUGACUAUACACCAGAGAACACACACAGGAGAGACAUCCUGUAGCUGAAAUCCAUGUUGGAAGAGUUUUACUCAGUCCAACAGCCUGGUACAACACCAGAGAACACACAUGAUAUCAAUGAAUUACUGUCAAUGUUUUAACAUUGUACUAGGAGUAUUUUAAUCAUGUCACAAUGUAGAAGCCUAAAUGUUUGCCCCCUUAUCAAUUGAUAUCAACAUGAUAUGGAUAUUAGCUUUCGGGGGAAAAAUCCAGGCUCUGAAUUGAAAGUUGUGUUGAGUUGUGUUACACUUACCACGUUGGUGACCCACUGCAGUUUAUAAGGAGCUUGUUUAAAACAUACAAAUAACAUGAUUAUUGUGGCAGAUGUUUAGGUAUAUAGCACAUGUUAUGUUUAGGUUUUCAAUUUAUCCCAAACUGUUUCUGCGUAUUGGUUAUUGAUUUGGACACGUUAACACUGGUUUGACAUCGUGCUUUCCCAUGGAGCAAAAUGUCAUUGAAAAGACGUUCAAAAGAAGACUAUGCCCGACGUCCAAUAUACGUUCGGUUGAAGAUAUGUAUUUUGGGGUAAUUUUUUUCAAUGACUUGAAAAUAACUUAAUUUCAACUUACUUGCAGGUAUCCUAGUGGUUAGAGCGUUGGGCUGUCAUUGUAAGCCAGAAUUUGUUCUUAACUGACUUAUUUACAAUGACGGCCUAACAGGGAGC